AUGGAUGCCUUCAUAUCGAGGAAGCGAAGGCACUCGUCUGAUGACCAUGUUGCAUCUGUUCCACCUGCCCGAACCACUCAGCAACAUGAUCAUGAGGACAGCACGGAAUACAAGCUUGCUUUGCUUGCAUCCCUGCAUCCCGAUAUUGCUCAAGACACUUUGCUUGAGGCCUUGCUCUCUUCCGAUGGUCAGGUUGAUACCGCCUCCGAGAUUCUGGCUAAAGACAGCCCCACGUCCCUGGGUCAGCCGAAGAGAGCCAGAAUCGUGGGUCAUCAAUCUACUCUGGCCAGUCUGAUUCGCUCUGCUGGUGGUGCAGCUGCCUUGACCAAGCACCUCACGAAAAGGGGCAAAACGCUCUUUCUGUAUAGCCCCCAGGAUAUUGAGACACACACGCCGUGUUCCAUUAUCCACAACUUCCUCCCUGCUGACGAGGCCAAUGCUUUGCUUACAGAGCUUUUGGAAGAGUCAAAGACAUUUGAGAAAGAGGUCUUCCAGCUCUUUGACCGCACCGUCGAAAGUCCUCACACCAUGUCAUUCUACGUCGACAGCUUCAAAGAAGUCGAAGAGCAGAAGACAACAUACGUCUACAACGGCAGCCGUAUCAAAGAUAUACGACAGACACCGCCAAAGAUGUUGUCUGCAUCUAACAAGGUGCGUCAAGCUGUCAACGAUGAGAUCCAACGUCGAAUCGCACAGUUCUAUCCCAACGGUGAGAAGCUCAAGUACCAAGAUCCCAAGGAGUGGAGACCAAAUACUGCUUUUGUAAAUUGCUAUGAUGGACCGCAGCAAAGCGUUGGGUACCACUCUGACCAGCUGACCUAUCUUGGCCCUCGUGCUGUUAUCGGUAGCCUCUCACUGGGUGUGGCUCGUGAGUUCAGGGUUCGCAAGAUCGUCCCUAAGGAUACAGAAAACGGCUCUGGGGAUGCGAGUGCAGCAGACUCACAAGGUCAGAUUUCUAUUCAUCUGCCCCACAAUUCAUUGCUUGUCAUGCACGCCGAGAUGCAAGAGCAGUGGAAACACAGCAUUGUUCCAACCACUGCCAUUGACCCACAUCCCGUUGCUGGAAACAAGCGAAUCAAUGUCACCUACAGGUACUACAAACCCAGCUUCCACCCGAAGUUCACGCCGAAAUGCCACUGCAAAAUCCCUACUGUGCUCAGAUGCGUACAGAGAAAUUCGGAGAAUCUGGGUCGCUACAUGUGGAUGUGCCAUGCUGGCUAUACGCCAGGUCAGAAAGGCUGCACUUUUUUCAAAUGGGCAGAUUUCGACGAUGAUGGCGAGCCUCCGUGGAAAGGCGAGGUCGAGCAAUUUGAGGCUAGCUGA